UCCAAGUGUGGAUGCAGACCGCUCGUGAUGAGACCCCAACAAUUGCCACGCGAUUUAAAAUUGAUACAAACAAACCCAGCGUCGGUGACUCGUUCUUCACUCGCUCGAGUUCAUUCAACUCACUCUCUUCUUAUAAAUCCAACACUCACUGGCACUGCAACUUCACAUUUCAUUCAUGGCUGAUUCAACGUCAAGCGAUUCUGUCUCGGUAGACAUGGAUUCCCUCUCUCCUUCACCCAAGGAGCACAUCAUCAGAACACGUCAUGGUUCUGUCUCUGUUGCAGUGUAUGGAGACCAGGACAAACCAGCUCUUAUCACUUAUCCUGAUCUGGCUUUAAAUUAUGUCUCCUGCUUUCAGGGUUUAUUAUUUUGUCCUGAAGCAUAUUGCCUGCUGCUUCACAAUUUUUGUAUAUAUCACAUUAGUCCACCUGGGCAUGAGUUGGGAGCUGCUUCAAUUGAUCCAGAGUGUCCUAUUCUUUCUGUAGAUGACUUAGCUGAUCAAAUAGCUGAGGUUCUUAAUAUUUUUGGUCUUAGUUCUGUCAUGUGUAUGGGAGUAACUGCUGGGGCUUAUAUUCUUACCUUAUUUGCUAUGAAGUAUAGACAACGUGUUCUUGGAUUGAUACUUGUUUCUCCUCUUUGUAAAGAACCAUCGUGGUCUGAAUGGCUGUAUAGCAAGGUCAUGUCAAAUUUAUUAUACUUUUAUGGCAUGUGUGGGGUGGUGAAGGAAAUAUUGCUGAAGCGAUAUUUUAGCAAGGAAAUUCGAGGUGGUACUCAUUUACCAGAAUCAGAUGUAGUUAAAGCAUGCCGAAGGUCAUUGGAUGAGAGGCAGAGUCAGAAUGUGUGGCGGUUCCUUGAAGCUAUUAAUGGGAGACAUGACAUAAGUGAAGGCCUGAGAAAAUUACAUUGCCGUUCACUAAUUUUUGUUGGGGAUACUUCUCCAUUUCACUCGGAGGCUCUCCAUAUCACUUCAAAGUUAGACAGAAGAUUCAGUGCCCUAGUUGAGGUUCAAGAAUGUGGGUCAAUGGUAACAGAGGAGCAACCCCAUGCUAUGUUAAUACCAAUAGAGUACUUUCUCAUGGGAUAUGGCUUGUACAGGUCAUCCAAGAUGAGUGUCAGCCCUAGAAGCCCCUUGAGUCCGUCUUGCAUUUCCCCUGAGCUUUAUUCACCAGAGAGUAUGGGUUUGAAAUUGAAACCAAUAAAGACAAGAAUUUCUAUGGAAAUUUAGUAGUAGAUGAAUAAAGGGAAUUUGCUGUUCCACCUUAUCUUAGCAUGUUUGGAUCAGCUUCAAAUUAUUCCUGCAAGCUAAAAGUUACUCACUGAAGCUCCUCCUCAGAGUUUACUAUGGGUUUAGAAUCAAAUGUAGAAAGAUUUCCAAACACGCACCUGAUGAAUGGGGGAUGGUAGAUCAUUGUAGAUAAGAAAAUAAGAAAUCAACCAAAAGGGAAGAAACAUCAAGAGUUUAGUAGACAUGAAAAGAUAGUCAUUCUUUCACUUGUAAUUAUAGAUUUUAGUCAAUGAGUCUGAAGCCUGAAGUUGGUGAAGCUUCGGAACUUUUGUUUUUGUACUUUUUUUAAAAGGAAAGCUCUGAUUAUAAUUGUAAAGCAAACACGGAGGGCAUGAAUCAUAGCCGUGCUAUCUCCUGCAGUGCUUGAAGUCAAUGAGUCUGAAGCCUGAAGUUUGUGAAGCUUCGGAACUUUUGUUUUUGUGCUUUGUUAUCAUGAUUAUGGAAAAGUUUUAAGAAGAAAAAAAAAGAUCAUCUCCAAGAGAGCAGAAAUAAAAUGAAGAUUGGGUAGUUCAUUGGUAAA